CAGCAUCUGUUUGGACAAAUGCGAAACAUUUGAGCUUCUUCGGAGGUGAUGUUCUCCGAUACCCAUGAUGUCCGAAAUGUUGUCUUGGACUUCUUUCCAAAUGGAUAAAGCAUAUAAUACAUGCAUCAUCCCCCAGUUUCUGUCAUCAGAUUCGUAAGUUCAGAUCCAACAUCAAGUGUCAAGGAAUGAUCCCUCCGAUCACCUACCCUUUCCCAAGAAGACACAAACCGCCACAAGCUUUAGACAGUCAUUUGGCUGUGCAGUAUCAUCAAAAUGAUCCGGGCUGAUAUCGUUGAUAUUGCUGAGAUGGAGCUGCAACACUUCAAAGAUGCGCCGCCGGCGUACCCUGAUCCACCAUCAUAUCGACCAGAUAGGUACAAGACGCUGUCUAUCUAUCAUACUGGCCUUACUGGGAGAAGCUCGCUCAUCACGACAUCCUCGCCGCAUUCUCCGUUGAUAGUCGGCCAGUCCACCCCCAACAAGCCCGUCUACUACUCGGACGUAUCCUCCUGGACACUAGGGCAGCCAUCAGUAACGCUGCAUCGUGGGGGCAGCAACCGACGCCGCGUCCUUGCGGUAGCUCAAUUUCCAUACGAUUCCACCGAUAUCAAAAUCGGUAUGCUCCAUGGCGACUCCCGCAUCAUGGGCUCAACCAACUACGACGAACUUGACACCCAAGGCAGCGUCAGUUGGCAGUACGCGCGCCCUCCGAGCCUUUCCAAAAACUACUUUUGGGGAAUCGCCGGCCUCCCGGGCUAUUCUCGCGGCGAGCUCGUCUUCCGCAUCCCGACUGAUAUGAUUGACGGAACACUUGGCCAGACUGGAUCUAGUCGUGAAAUCGAAUUCGUCUGGAAACGGACACAUCACGACCACAUGCAGGUUCCUUGUGACGACGACGACGGAGGAGUGGUAGGUGGUGGUGGAGGGGAAGAAGAUGUAUUCGGCGGCAACACAACUACGACCAGCAGUACAGACAGUCACCGCCGCAAAACUGCCCACUCUUCGUCAUCAACAACCUCGAACAGAAGAAUCCCCUUUGAUUCAUUCAAGCUUGUCCCCGCGCAUGAUCCGUCAGAAGUCGUCGCGCAGUUUGUGAGCAGGAAACUUUUCAAUCUCCAUUUGCGUGAUCGAGGCCAGCUCGUGUUCCGCACAGAUCUUGCCGCUGGACAAACGUGGGAGGCGCUCGUGCUGAUUUCCCUGCUGAGCAUGCUCGAGAAGGAGCGUCGGAGGGCAUAUGCGACGCAGGGAUUGUCGUCUUAAUUAUGACAUUUUAUCGAAUAUGAUAUUUUCAUCUUGUCAUCUUGUCGUCUUGGAGUACUACAUGGUCAUCCUAUCAUCUUGGGAGUAUUACAUCCAUCAUCUUAAAGUCUUGUCCUUUUUGUUGUCAGUAUAUAGUUGAUACCCUCUUACAGUGCACAUACGGCUCAUAUAGCACAC